AUGCCGCCAAAGAAGGCGAGGCCAGCCAAGGCCGGCCCCAAGCCCAGCACGACGCCCGCCGGAGCACCUCCGACCGCGACCGCGACCGCGACCACGGCCGCUACGGCCACCUCUGCCGGAACCAGGGCCGACGGCUCUGCCGCUGCUGCCGAAGCGGCGGCGCGGAUCAUUGCCGAUCGAGAGGCUAGCGAGGUGGACCCGGUCAACUACCGCCGUACGCCAAAGUCGCCGCUGUUUGCGCUGCUGCUCGCCGCCCUCGUCGCGCUGCUGGCCUCGACGACCCUCUACCUGCACUACCGCCUGCCCGCCCCCAAACCCUCGACGGCCAUCAUCGCUGCCGGCCUCGAUCCGGAGCUCGCCACCGCCUACGAUCCCAGGUCGCCCGUGGCCGCCCUCGAUCAGAGGAGCGCCAGCGCCCGCGGCGGGGAUCCGGUGGCGCUCAGCUCCCACUUCAGCGAGGCCAACGCCGUCUCGGUCAUGCACCACCUCUCGGUCGGCAUCGGCUACCGCAUCGUGGGCACAAAGCAGCACGUCGAGGCAGAGGACUGGCUCGAAGAGAUCCUCCGCCGCUACGAGGGCUGGCACGACACGGGCCUCGCCGGCACCGGCACCCGCACCCAGGUCGAGGUGUGGAAGCAGCUCGGCGACGGCGCCCACCGCUUCGACUUCAUGGGCAGCACCGUGUGGAAAAAGUACUAUUCCAUGUCCAACCUCGUCGUCCGCCUCUCGGACGGCACCAACGAGGGCAAGGCAAAUGCCCUCCUCCUCAACGCCCACCUCGACUCGACCCUCCCCUCGCCCGGCGGCGCAGACGACGGCAUCGGCGUCUCGAUCCUCCUCGAGGCCCUCCGCGCCCUCACCCUGCCCAACACGGGCCGCAGGCUGCACAACAGCGUCGUCCUCCUCUUCAACAACGGCGAAGAGUCGCUCCAGGACGCUUCGCACCUCUACAUCACCCAGCACCACCCCACAAAGGACACGGUCCGCGCCGUCGUCAACCUCGAGGCGUGCGGCACCAGCGGGCCCGAGCUCCUCUUCCAGGCCACGAGCACCGAGAUGAUCGAGGCCUACUCCAAGGUGCCCCACCCCUUUGGCACCGUCCUCGCCAACGACGUCUUUUCCACCGGCCUCAUCCUCAGCGACACCGACUUCCGCCAGUUUGUCGAGUACGGCAACCACCUCACCGGCCUCGACAUGGCCCUCGUCGGCUCGUCGUACCUCUACCACACCCGCAAGGACGUCCCCGCCCACCUCGAGCCGGGCGCCACCCAGCACUUUGGCGAAAACGUGCUGGCCAUCCUCGAGCACCUCUGCCUCGACCCGAACGCCUCCGCCAAGCUGGCCAGCAUCCAGCCUCGCCAGUCGCGCGCCUCGCUGCCCAUCUACUUCACCCUGGCCGGCCGCAAGUUCUUCCUCAUCAGCUCCAAGGCGUUCAAGUCGAUCGUCAUGGGCAUCUCGGCCAUUGUCAACUUCCAGAUGUCGGCCGUGACGCGCGCAGAGAGCCACCUCAACGCCCUCAACCUCACCAUGCUCUCGGUCCUCGGCACCGUCGUCAGCCUGCUGGCCGCCGUCGUCGGCGCCAACGCCGUCGCCCUGCUCAUGGUCCACGUCCUCGGCCGCGGCAUGUCGUGGUUCUCGCACGAGUGGGCCGCCGUCGCCCUCUACGGCCCUCCGGCGCUGGCCUCGGUGCUGGCGGUGCAGUACGCCAUGUCGCACCUCGUCAAGCCCCACCAGCGCCCCUACUUUGAGCGCGCCACGAUGACGGGCAUGCAGAUCGUCUUUGUGCUGGUGCUCCUCGGCCUCAACGCCUUUUCCAUCGGCUCGGCGUACCUCAUGAUCCUCGCGGCGGGCACCCUGCUGCUCAGCACCACCAUCAACGACUUUGUCCUCGUCGGCUUCGGCAACAUCGAGAUGCGCCAGGUGGCGCCCGACAUGCGCGUGUCGCCGUGGACGUACGUCGCGCUGGUCCUGGUGCCCUCGUCGGUGGGCUUCGAGGGCAUGGCGUCGUUCCUCGACCUGUUUGUGCCGCUGACGGGCCGCAUGGGCGAGGUGUCGCCGGCGGACAACAUCAUCGCGACGAUUGUGGCGGCGCUCAGCUUCCUCUCGCUGCCCGCCCUCGUGCCGCUGUCGCACCGCUACACGACGGCGACGCUCGGCCGGGCCAUCCUGGCGCUCGUCUCGCUGACGGCCGUCAUGGUGGCCGUGUUUGCGGCGCGCCAGCCGUUUGACGCGCUCCACCCCAAGCGCCUGUUUGUGCACCAGGUGCAGAACAUCACCAGCGGCGAGUGGUUCAUGAACCUGGGCGCGGCCGACCCGGCGCCCGGCUUCGAGCAGCUGUCCAACGACGUGCAGCGCGUCCUGGGCCGGCCGGGCGAGUCGGCGGUGCUGCACGAGAUGAACGCGCAAAACACCGACUUCGACAUCCUCUACCCGGUCAGCGACUUCCUGACGCCGUACAAGUUCCAGCUGCCCGGGCCCGCGCCGGCGGCCGACGGCGGCGGUUCGGUCACGCCCUACGCCGCGCCCGCCCCGGCCUCGCAGCAUUUUACGCUGCGCGCCGUCGACGAGGUCGUCGACUUUGACCGGGCGACGCGCAGCGUGACGCUCGAGAUCCAGCACCCGGGCAUGAUCUGGCCCGUCAUUGCCUUUGACGGCGACGUCGUCGAGUGGAACCUGCCCUCUACGCCGCCGAGCGGCCACCGGCGACACCACAUCAAGCAGGUGGGGCGCCACGGCCAGUCAAAGUGGAGCGUCGACCUGGUGCUCCGCCUCGACGCCGACGGCCUCGCCGCCGCCCGCGCCCGCAAGACGGGCCAAGACUUUGGCCAGCUCGUCACCACGGACCCCGGCGUCGGCGGCGGUGCGGUCGACGCGACGCGAUCCGACCUGCGCGACCCGAGCCGGCUCUGGAUCGACAUGAGCGGCCUCGUCGUCGACGGCAUGUUCCCGCAGCACCGCCACGAGGCAAAGGGCCGCUACGCCAUGGACAACUUUGAAAAGAUGGACGCCUACCUGGCCCAGGAGCAUCCCGAGGUCGACGCCAUGCUGCUCAGCGUCGUCGCCGCCGUCGUCGUCGCCUAG